AUGACGGCACGCACCCACCACGCACCACACCCCCUCGCCAACGGGCACGGGCACGCGCGCACCCGGCCGCCGUCGACGCACUCCCUCUCGCGCGGCGGGGACUCGGCGGUGCCCCUCCGCCCGCACCCCCUCAUCCGCGGCCAAUCCUUCGGCCCGACCCCCCUCGCGCCGCUCACCAUCACCUCUGGCGUGUCCACCUCCCCCACGCGUUCUAUCCACGCCGGCGGCGGGGGAGUGGUGGGGUUGUCUACCAGUCCGUCGAGCAUCAGUACGGCGCUUGAUGACCGCCGCGCAGGACAAGUCCACCAAGCUCCCGGCCGUCGCACUUCCGUGUCCUCCACCCGCUCCGUCUCCACGCUCCCCUCCCAAUCCUCCACCGCGCACUACCCCUCCUACCCGCACGCGCACUCCCACCUGCAGGGCUCGAAAGACCGCACCCGCACGCUAUCCACGAUCUCCUCUUCCUCCAUGGCUGCCCUCUCCUCGCUGGCGCAGCUGCCCUCGACGCGUCCGUCGACGCCGCAGUACGUGUCGCGCUUCCCGGCGCAGGGAGGGGCGAAUCUGGAGGUGGUGCAUCCGUUGUUGCCGAGUCCGUAUUUGAGUGCGCAUGUGUCGAUUUUGACGUAUAGGAGUCCGUUGAAGGAGUCGUUUGGGAGGGUGUUUGCGGCGAAGCCGCAGAGGCGGUGA